AAACUCCUCCACGUUAGUACAUUAAAAUUUUCUUCUUUUGUGUUUUGUUUUCGUGUCCUUAAAAGUUCAAUUAUUGUAAGCCUAAAGCGUGAUGGAUUCAAUAAUCUGAGAGAUUGAGGCUUUUGGGCUCUCUUUUUUCUGUCUGGGCAUCGUUAUUUUUGUGUUACAGUUGGUGGGGCAAAUCAUAUAUGAACUUUAGAGAGUGAUACGACAGAGGUGAAGAUUAUAAUAUUGGCUUUGGUUCUGAGACAAAUAGAAGAAGCAUACGAGCAUUGGCGUAAAAGGAGAUAUAGUAUGGCUCCUGGAGGAGGCUACUGCAAGGAAGUGAUUGAAUCUCACAUUGCAAAUGCAGAUUAUGAUAUGGCAACUUCCAGUGUGGAGUUGAGGGGUUCCCCUUGCAGAAAAGCUACAACUAGUUUCGGUGGAAAUUUUGGGAUGACAUCAAACAAUGACGUGCAUGAGCUACUUGAGUGUCCUGUUUGCAUGAAUUUAAUGUACCCUCCAAUUUACCAGUGUCCAAACGGUCACACUGUAUGCUCAAAUUGCAAGGUUAGAGUACGCAACUCUUGCCCAACUUGCCGCCAUGAACUUGGAAAUAUAAGAUGCUUGGCUCUGGAGAAAGUAGCUGAGUCACUGGAACUCCCCUGCAGACACCAGAUUUUUGGUUGUCAGGACAUAUUUCCAUAUUACAGCAAGCUAAAGCAUGAAAAGAACUGUAAAUAUCGUCCCUAUAAUUGCCCAUAUGCUGGAGCUGAAUGCUCUGUCACAGGUGAUAUCCCGCUCCUUGUCAGGCAUCUCAAGAAUGAUCACAAAGUUGACAUGCAUGAUGGAAGUACUUUCAACCACAGAUAUGUCAAAGCCAAUGCCCAAGAAGUUGAAAAUGCUACAUGGAUGUUAACUGUUUUUAAUUGUUUUGGGCGGCAGUUCUGCCUGCACUUUGAGGCUUUUCACCUAGGAACGGCUCCUGUUUACAUGGCCUUCUUGCGCUUCAUGGGUGACGAAGAAGAGGCGAGGCAGUUUAGUUACAGUCUGGAAGUUGGUGGAAAUGGCAGAAAACUGACAUGGCAAGGGAUUCCCAGAAGCAUCCGUGAUAGCCAUAAGAAGGUUCGAGAUAGUCAAGAUGGCCUAAUCAUCCAGAGGAAUCUAGCUCUGUUCUUUUCCGGUGGUGAUAGGCAGGAGCUCAAGCUGAAAGUAGCCGGCCGUAUAUGGAAGGAACAAUGAUAGAUAAACCAGAAACUAUGUCAUAGAUAAUGUAGUGGAAAUUUGCAUCAGAUAUCCAGUGUACUUCUCUGUAAAUCGGUGGAUAUAUAUAUUUAUUGCCAAUUAUUACUUUUUGCA